CGGCGGCGGCGGCGCAUGCGCAGUGUCGCGGCCGCCUUCGCACGGAGCGGCCGAGCGGUGCGGGCAGGGGCCCGCGGCCUGGCGGGGCGCGGCCGGCCGGGGCGUGCCGUUGCCCAGCCGCUGUGGUACGGUAUCACCGCCGCCGCCAUGCCCGGUAGGAACAAGGCGACGUCGAACUACAGCUGUCCGGAGCUGGCGGUGGGGCAGCAGGCCGGGGAGGGCGGCCGCGACGUCAGAGGCCGGUCGCCUCAAGGGGAUGAGGAGGACCGCGGGGACUUCGGAUCCGGCCCGGGCCCCGACGUGGGAGACCCCGACAUCGUCAAGUCCCCCAGCGACCCCAAGCAGUACCGGUAUAUCAAACUGCAAAAUGGCUUAUGUGCACUUUUGAUUUCGGAUUUGAAUUGCUUGGAUUGUGCCUCAGCUGCUUUAUCUUCGGAGGAGGAGGAGGACAACGAUGAUGAUGGAUCUGAAGAGGAUAGUGAUGAUGAUGACGACUCUGGAACUGAGAUCGAAGAUGGUAGAGAAGGUUUUGAUGAUGAGGACUGUGAUGAGGAGGAUGAGGAUGAGGACGAUGAUGGAGAUAAUGAGGAUUUCAAUGAUCCUGAUGACAGUGAAUUAGAAGAGCUAGCUGAAAAGGAAGAGACAAGAAAGAGAGGCUGCACAGAAAAACAGUCUGCAGCAGCCCUCUGCAUUGCUGUUGGCAGCUUCUCUGAUCCUGAAGAUCUGCCUGGAUUAGCACACUUCCUGGAACACAUGGUUUUCAUGGGCAGUUUGAAGUACCCAGACGAGAAUGGGUUUGACGCGUUUCUGAAGAAACACGGGGGCAGCGACAACGCUUCGACCGACUGUGAGCGGACGGUCUUCCAGUUCGAUGUGCAGAGGAAGUACUUCAAAGAAGCACUUGAUAGGUGGGCACAGUUCUUCAUUCACCCGCUAAUGAUCAGGGAUGCAAUAGACCGAGAAGUCGAGGCUGUGGACAGUGAGUAUCAGCUAGCAAGACCCUCUGAUGCAAACAGAAAGGAGAUGCUAUUUGGUAGUCUUGCCAGGCCUGGACAUCCUAUGAAGAAAUUUUUUUGGGGUAAUGCAGAUACACUCAAACACGAGCCUAAAAUGAAUAAUAUUGAUACCUACACCAGGCUGAGGGAAUUCUGGCAGCGCCAUUACUCUGCUCACUAUAUGACUUUAGUUGUCCAAUCUAAAGAAACACUGGAUACAUUGGAAAAGUGGGUGAAAGAAAUCUUCUCUCAGAUCCCAAAUAAUGGUUUACCCAAACCCAGCUUUGGCCAUCUGACUCAGCCUUUUGACACACCAGAAUUUCACAAGCUUUACAGAGUUGUUCCAAUCAGGAAAGUUCAUUCAUUGAAUAUCACUUGGGCGCUUCCCCCACAAGCACAGUAUUACAGGGUGAAGCCUCUUCAUUAUAUUUCCUGGUUGGUGGGACAUGAAGGCAAAGGCAGUGUUCUUUCUUUCCUUAGGAAAAAAUUUUGGGCUCUUGCAUUAUAUGGAGGAAAUGGUGAGACAGGAUUUGAACAAAACUCCACUUACUCCAUCUUCAGCAUUUCUGUGACUUUGACUGAUGAAGGUUACAAGCACUUCUAUGAGGUGGCCCAUGUUGUAUUUCAGUAUGUGAAGAUGCUGCAGAAGAGAGGGCCAGAUAAAAGAAUAUGGGAAGAAAUACAGAAGAUUGAAGCGAACGAAUUUCACUACCAGGAACAGACAGAUCCAGUCGACUAUGUGGAAAGCCUUUGUGAGAACAUGCAGUUGUUUCAGAAAGAGGAUUUUCUGACAGGAGACCAGCUCUUGUUUGAAUACAAGCCUGAGAUCAUUGCUGAUGCCCUGAACCAGCUCAGCCCUCAGAAAGCCAACCUGGUGUUGCUGUCUGCUGCCAACGAAGGCCAGUGUCAUCUAAAAGAGAGGUGGUUUGGAACACAGUACAGCGUGGAAGAUAUUGACAAGUACUGGAGUGAUUUAUGGGCCAGUGACUUUGAGUUAAAUCAGGAUUUACACCUUCCAGAAGAAAACAAAUACAUAGCCACCGACUUUGCUUUGAAAGUUGCCGACAGCCCUGAGACAGAAUAUCCAGUCAAAAUACAAAGCACACAACAAGGCUGUCUCUGGUACAGGAAAGAUGAUAAAUUCAAAAUCCCAAAAGGUUAUGUUCGUUUCCAUCUGAUCUCUCCAUUGAUACAGCAGUCUGCAGAGAACAUCGUUUUGUUUGACACGUUUGUAAGCAUCCUGUCCCACAACCUUGGUGAACCAGCUUACGAAGCGGACGUCGCUCAGCUGGAAUACAAGCUGGUGGCAGGAGAGCAUGGGUUAGUCAUCCGAGUGAAAGGAUUCAAUCAUAAACUACCUCUUCUAUUUCAGCUCAUCAUUGAUUACUUGUCUGACUUCAGCUUUACUCCAGCAGUUUUUGAAAUGAUAACAGAGCAGCUGAAGAAAACAUACUUCAACUUCCUCAUCAAACCUGAGACUCUGGCCAAGGACGUGCGCCUCCUGAUUCUCGAGCACGGCAGGUGGUCCAUGAUAGACAAAUACCAGACGCUGAUGAACGGCCUUUCCAUCGAGUCCCUCUCCUCCUUUGUUAAGGCUUUCAAAUCACAGCUCUUCGUCGAGGGUCUCGUACAAGGAAACUUCACGAGCAGAGAAGCAAAGGAUUUUCUGAAUUACGUUGUUCAAAAGCUCCAGUUCUCCCCCCUGGUCCAUCCCUGCCCCGUUCAGUUCCGGGUGGUGGAUUUGCCAAACACACAUCUGCUCUGUAAGGUGAAAACUCUCAACAGAGGCGACGCCAACUCCGAAGUGACAGUCUACUACCAGUCAGGUGCCAGGAACCUGAGGGAAUAUACCCUUAUGGAGCUGCUUGUGAUGCACAUGGAAGAGCCUUGCUUUGACUUCCUGAGGACCAAGCAGACCCUUGGCUACCACGUGUACCCUACCUGCAGGAAUACUUCUGGGAUUCUCGGAUUCUCCGUCACAGUAGCCACCCAGGCGACUAAAUACAAUUCUGAAUUGGUUGACAAGAAAAUAGAGGAGUUUCUCUCUUGCUUUGAGGAGACAAUCAAGCAAUUAACUGAAGAUGCUUUUAGCACCCAGGUUACAGCUUUGAUAAAACUUAAAGAAUGCGAAGACUCCCACCUCGGAGAGGAAGUGGACAGGAACUGGAAUGAAGUGGUGACGCAGCAGUAUCUCUUUGACAGACUGGCCCGGGAGAUCGAAGCUCUGAAGUCUGUUACAAAAUCAGACCUGGUCACCUGGUUCCAGGCUCACAGAAGCAACAAGAAGAAGAUGCUCAGUGUCCACGUGGUUGGAUAUGGAAAACACGAAGGGGACGCGGAGGUUUCAGCUGCCUCAGAAGCACAGAAUUCUUCAUCUGGUGAAAUACCUCAGCUUGUUUUCUUGCCCCCGUCUUCUUUGAUGACAGGUGUUACUUCCAUCAAGGACAUCAAAGCUUACACAUCAACUCUGAAUGUUCUCCCUUACCAUAAAAUAUUAAAAUAAAAUGACACCGUGCCCUGCAGUGACGUGUAACACAGGUGCUUUCUGCAACAUAAACGUUACAAACCUGUUUUUAUUCCAACUGGGCUGUAGUGUUAGCUGGGAUGAAGAUGUCCGGUCAGAUUCCUUGGAAGCUUUCCUCAAGUAAGUUUCCAACCAACCUCUCUCAUUAAUCUCCCAACUUCAUUAAGAAUAGGCACAGCUCGGACUUGAAGCUGGAGCAAAGGGAGCUUUGCUACGUUCUCCUCUCCAGCUGUCUGAAGGUGGGGGCUGCUCCUGUGGGGCCUGUCCUGUGCAUCCUUCCAGCAGGGCUGCAGCGGUGCCACCUCCCACAGAGAGUAAUUCCACAGGUCUCCUGGAGUUACUGAGUGGGUGGGAGGGGAAAAAAAGCCUAAGGCUUCAAUCUCACACUGCUUUUCUUUAGUUUUUCUGUAUGUGCAACAUCAUAGACAAAAUUGAGAUGAAAUCAAAUAAAAAGCUAGAUUUAACUGUGGAAAGAAAAAUAGUUUGAUUGCUACAUGUAGCUACUUACUUGACUAUUAUUUAAUUUCUAGCAAAAGCACAGAAAUGCAAAGAUUCCUAACGUGCUGCUGAGCAAGGCUGGAUGUAGAGUCCAGAAAAAUUCUCCUGUGGAAGCUGCAAAUUCUGCUCCUUUUGCUUGUUCAUGAACUACUUUAAGGAGUAGGUUUAGCUGCAAGAAUUCCAGGGGGGAAAAAAAAAAUAAUACUACUAUGUUUCACAUAAAACAACUGAUCCAUCACUCAGCUGAAAAAACAGUCUUGCUGCAAAGGUUUAUUAUGAAAUAAAUAAAAAGUCCAUAAGAGAAGUUUGAAAAAUCUAUUUUAUGAAGCUUUAAGAUGCACUGAGUAGAAUUAUCUAUGGUUACAUUUUAAUCUCAAAAUAACAAAGUUAUUUUGGGCAAGACACUGAAAUGCCAAAAGAUUUGAUUAUCAUACAGGUGGAAGAUAACAUUUACGUAGCGUUUUUCUAACAAAUUGUCCCAGCAAAGGAACCCUCAUAUUUACACCUUGCAAACAUUAGCUAGAUUAAAUGACGUCUUGCAUUUUUUCCUUUCUUGGUUUUUGUUUUGUUUGUUUUUUUUUUUUAAAUAUGUAGGACCCAGAAAUAUUACGCAACUGAUACCAAUGCCAUGGCCUUCACAGUGGUUAUACAAAGUGGAAAUGCUUCCCGGCCCAGGUUCUCCACGCUUUAGAGGCAUCAGUAACGGGGCUCAAGAGCCUGCCUUUGAAGCCCAAACUCACCACACCACCAGUAGGGCAGAGUCCCACAUAAGUUACUGCACAGCCAAGAGUUGCUUGUUUCUUUUAAUUGCUUAUCUGCAUCAGUAAGUCCAGUAUCCCUGAGAUAGGAACCACUGUAGUUGGAGGGGUCAGGCUCUCCAAAUGGUACGUACGUGAUAACUGAUGACUAUCUUGGUAUCAGAUGUAAACUUUGCUAAGCCAAGGCUUGAACGUUUUCUAACCCAUUUAAUGUUUACUGGCAGCAAGUCGUUUCAAUAGAGGCUCAUCAUAAACCCAGCAUUCUCCAUCUUCGUGGAAUAACUAGGAAAAGGAGGCAAUAAUCAGAUAGAAGCUUUUCCUGACUCGGUUGGAAAGAACAAAUGCUACAGGCUAGAGGGCAUUUAUGCUGUUCCAAUAAAGCUCACCCUUGUUUCCCA